AUGGCAGUUCCGCGUCAGCUUCAAGCGCUUGUUCAACCUGGUGUAGUGGAGGAUGUUGGGGAAAUCUACUCAAGACUACUGGAUCACAGACCAGUAAUUCAGGGAGAAAUACGUUACUUUGUUAAAGAAUUUGAAGAAAAACGUGGCCUCCGUGAACUGCGAGUACUCGAAAAUCUAAAGAACACCAUCUUUGAAACAAACGAGCACGUUUUUCCCAAGUGUGAGCAGGCAAUGCAUGACAAUUUGAAUGAAGCAUUCAAGAGAUUGCAAGCUGCCAACGAUAUGAUCCAUAGACUCCAGGAGAGGGAGCAUGAAGAGAGGAAGCGUCAGAUGGACAAGCUGAUGGCUCGUGAAGAGAAGCGCGUAGCCCGCUCGGAGGAAUUCCUGAAAGAACAACAAAACAAACGAGCAGAGGUGGACGAAGAGCACAGAAAAGCUAUGGAGCGCCUCAAAGAGCAGUAUUCCGAGAUGGAGAAGGAACUGGCCAAAUAUAUCUCUUUUUAA